UUGCAAUUAUUAUCUAUGAUUAAAUGUAUCAUAACCCUUGUGCAAAUGUCAACGGAGUGGUUUGAUAACAAUAAAGUUGCUUUUUUCGUUCGAGGUUGAAAAAUGGAAACGAUAUUAGAGCAACAACGACGCUAUCAUGAGGAAAGAGAAAGGUUAAUGGACGCUAUGGUCAAAGAAAUGUUGUACAAAAAGGCAGGGCAUAGAGAAAGCAUAAAUUCGGAACAUCGGUUAAAGAUGCUACUCGAUCAGUACAUGGAUAGUACUUUGCAUUUACAGGAUUUAUACGAAGAUAAGGACGGGCAAAGGAAAGAGGAGGUACAAGCACUUUCAGGUCCAAAUGAAUUUUCGGAAUUUUAUUCCCGCUUGAAAUCUAUAAAAGAAUUUUAUCGGCGACAUCCUAAUGAGAUAAGUAUUCCAAUGUCUGUGGAAUUCGAAGAACUGGCUAAGAUGAGAGAAAAUCCCACAGAAGAACUUUCAAAUCUUGUUGAAUUUACCGAUGAAGAAGGAUAUGGAAAGUAUCUUGAUCUUCAUGAAUGCUAUGAAAAGUAUAUUAAUCUUAAAGGAAUAGAGAAAGUAGACUACAUUACAUAUUUAUCAACUUUUGAUCAUUUAUUCGAUAUACCAAGAGAAAGGAAAAAUGCUGAAUAUCAAAAAUAUGUGGAAUCUUUGUUAGAAUAUAUAACCGAUUAUUUAAGUAGAGUUAGGCCAUUGCUCGAUUUAAAUGGAGAGCUUCAGGAAGCGAAUAGAGAGUUCGAAACACAAUGGGAGAACAAUACAUUUCCAGGGUGGCCAAAAGAAACUGGUAGUGCUUUGACCCAUGUAGGAGCUCAUUUAGAAUUGUCUGCUUUCUCUUCAUGGGAGGAGCUUGCAUCUCUUGGCUUAGAUAGAUUGAAAUCAGCUUUAAUGGCUUUGGGUUUAAAGUGUGGUGGUACACUCGAGGAAAGAGCCCAAAGACUGUUUAGUACAAAAGGAGAGGCUUCUUUGGAUCCAAAUCUUCUAGCUAAAAAUAAUAGAAAUAGAAAAUCUGGAAAGGGGAGAAACUCUGAAAAGCAAAAGGAGAUAGCAUGCUUGGAAGGACAGGUUUAUAGGCUUGCUGAAUUGGUAUCAACCCAACGAGUAGCCACAAAAGAAAAUGUACAGAGGAAACAAGCUAGAACCGAAGGUGAGAGAGGUGAUUCUGAUGCAGAAGCUAGCGCUAGCGAAUCGGAAGAAGAAGACGAUAACGAAGUUCCUUAUAAUCCAAAAAAUCUUCCUCUUGGAUGGGAUGGUAAACCUAUACCAUAUUGGUUGUACAAAUUACACGGUUUAAAUAUCAGCUACAACUGUGAAAUAUGUGGAAAUUUCACAUAUAAAGGUCCAAAAGCUUUUCAAAGACAUUUUGCCGAGUGGAGACACGCGCAUGGUAUGCGUUGCCUUGGUAUUCCAAAUACCGCCCAUUUUGCUAAUGUAACACAAAUAGAAGAUGCUCUGGCUCUAUGGGAAAAACUUAAAGCUCAAAAACAAGCUGAACGUUGGCAACCAGAACAGGAGGAAGAAUUCGAAGAUUCCCUUGGAAAUGUAGUCAAUCGUAAGACAUAUGAAGACUUAAAAAGACAAGGUCUUUUGUAAAAUCGUAUUCUGAUAUUCAUAAUAACUUUUGUAUAUUACGGUACAUUUCAUGUAAU